AUGGACAGAAGGUGGAUACAGAACCCGAACAGAUGCGCAGACGAAUACUUGGAUGGAAUCGAGGAUUUUAUUGAGUUUGCACGUAGACACAACCGGGGUGCAACUAGAAUUCGUUGUCCUUUUAGGAGGUGCAACAACACGUUAUGGGAGACAAUUGAAAAUGUUGGAUUUCAUUUAGUAAGGAAUGGAAUGAUUGAGACAUAUAGCAUUUGGAACCUUCACGGGGAACAAUUAGAGCAUGCUUCGUCUUCAAAUGCCACAAGAGUGGACAAUGUUCAACCUAUUGUGGAUGCUAAUGAUCAAGUCAUGGAUAUUAUACAGGAUGUUUUUCCAUUUGCAUCGACCAACAUGAAUCAAGAAGAGCAAGAUGAUGUGCCUACACCAAUAGACAGUGCGGAGUUUGAACAAUAUGAAAAAUUGUUAAAAAAUGCCAACCAAGAGUUAUACCGGGGUGCGAGAGCUUUUCCGUUCUCACGGCCAUUGUGGAGCUAA